AUGUCAGAACCACAGUCGCACCCGCGCCGCCGUCCUUUUAACGGCGCGGCCCUACCCUCGCUUUUAACUUCUUCAAACCAUGGGAACGGCCCUGCCAGCCAUGUCGUCGCACCCUAUAAAAGGAUGCUAAAGAAGGGCGCCACUUUUCAUUCUCCAACCACGCCGUCCGCCGACGAAUGUGACCCAAUUCUCUAUAUCCCUUCUCUGCCUCGUCGAGCUCCUACUAGUUCAAGAGCACUUGAGGAAGUCAUCGCUGCUGGCGAGAGACGUGUCGCAGGCAUUCUCGGUCAAGUGGAACGAGACCUUGCUGGCAUCGACGGCAAAUCAACUCGUAACCGACCUUCCUUUCCCGGCGACGAUUUUCCUGUUCCUCGUGGACUUCUUCACGCCCGUGUCGCCGAUACUGACCCCAUGGAUAUCGACACAGCUCCCUACGAUUCAAAAUUUCACUCCAGCCGCCGCCUGCCUCCCGUGGAUGCAAAGGAGCACCGUGUAGCUGAUAGCGGAAUUGGCUCAUCGAUCCUCGACGCCCCUUUGGAGAAAACCCCUGCCAGUGGAGGUGUGCAACACCCGCUUCUUUCAUCCCAUCGCUCAGGCUCAAUGACCAUGGAGUCAUCAAAGCCCUUGAUGCGUUUUGGGGCAUUCAAGCAAAUUGAGCGUCAUAUACUUGCUCCAAUACUUGGAGAGCAGUCUUUCAAACCCUUCCACCCCAUCGUGGAAACUAUACCACAGCGUGUCAGGAAUAAUAACAUUACUUGUCUUCGAGACCUCGAGAAGAUACUGUUAUUUGUGCCUCUGAACGAGACCAUUUCAAAAGGUUCAUACAUGCAAUAUGGGCGGUUCACGAUCCACUGUCUUCAUACAGCUGUCAGACAUCUCAACGACCGUGAUCAGUGCCUCCCUGCUGAUCGUCCAUACACGAAUGGCUAUUUUCUUGACCUUGUGGCACAAGUUCAGGGAUAUGCCGCUACCAUCGCUGCCGCUCGCAACUCACGAUCUUCUCGUGACCAAAAAGGAAACAACUUGGAUUAUUCGUCUGGAGAAGAGCUUGUUCUUGAAGGGGGGCUCAGCAGUUCUGGUCGACCAGCGGAACUGGUGAGGAGAAAGAAAGAUGUCGCUAUCUCCCUUCAAACAGGAGAGCCAUAUGUAGAGUCGAAACCCACCAUCCCUAUCAUGAAACGUGCUCUCAGCGUGGAGGCAGGAGACGACAGCGUCAUGCGAUCCAUGGCGCGCCGUAAGAAAAACGAACCACCAUUGAAUAUCAACAAGAAAUGUGACCACUGUGACAGGAUAUUCAGAAGGCCGUGCGAUCUCAGCAAACACGAAAAAACUCAUACCCGACCGUGGAAAUGCACCGAGCCUGGUUGCAAAUACUCCAAAACUGGCUGGCCAACUGAGAAAGAACGGGAUCGCCAUGUUAAUGACAAACAUUGCAAAUCCCCGCGUUUAUUCAAUUGCCGCUUUCCACCGUGUACCUACCAGUCGAAGCGUGAGAGCAACUGCAAGCAGCAUAUGGAGAAGGCACACGGUUGGGUCUAUGUUCGAUCGAAAAACACUGGCAAAGGCAGUGACCGAGGUUCCCCACAUACUCCACCUAGUUUCAAUCCCUCCCCGACUAUAGCUCCCGGCAUUCCAACGCCAAUUAGCACUGUGGCUUGCUCUCCUUACAUGUCCCCUUACCAGCCACAGCUAGAGCACCAGCUUCUAGCGAUCGCGAGUGACGACACACCAAACAAUAAUACAAUGCAAUUGGAGCUUAAAGAUCAACUGCAGCCAAUGUUGACAACUUUCAAUCCUGGAGCUUUUGGGUUAGGAGAUGCCCAUGACUUUUUUGGGUUAGGAGAUGCUCAUGACUUGAGUAAUACGUUUGGCAUGGAUUUCGAUUUGUAUCCAGAAAUACCCGGCAACGGGCUCGUCGACAAUGCUAGCCCCUUCGCUCAGGAUUUCGAUUGGCAAACGUUUUUGUGUUGA